AUGUACGGCAGCAGUGUAGCCCCGUCUCAUAACGCUCCCCAGCCCCUCAACUCAGCCCAGAACAAUCUCCGUAACCAAGUGCCUCCACCCGUCCCUGUCCUCUCAGGUCCCUCCUCUCUACUGAAGUACCCUCCCAGUGCAGGAGGUCUGAACCUGUUUGGUCCACAGCAGGUCGCUGUUCUCAACCAGCUGUCUCAGCUCAACCAGCUGUCUCAACUCAACCAGCUUAACCAGUUACAGCGUCUCCUCCUCCAGUCGCAGCAGCAGCAGAGGACCAUGCCUGGUGGACAGCAGCAGAAUCACAGACCCAUCCCUGGUGGACACCAGCAGCAACAGGGCCGUCCUAUUGGUUCGUCCCAGUCGAUGAUGCAGCCUCCGCAUCACCUUGACCCCUCCCUCCUGAAGCAGAACCCCGCCCACCAGCCCCAUA